AUGGAACAGGUUCCUCGGUGCGUGUGUGCGGAGCGUGAGCGCGGACUCGCGGCGGAGGCGGGGCGGACGGACGGACAGUCGGACAGACGGAGGGCCGACGGGCAGCGGACGAGCGGCACCCUCUCGGCCUGGCCUCGGGGCAGCAGCACGGCUGGGGCCUCUGCGACGGGCGUCAGGGGCCCGCGGACCCCGGGCCCCGACGGCGCGGAGCGGGGAGGCCCCCCGGCGCCAGAGCCCCUCCUCGGGCCCGGCCUGGGCAGGGGCGGGGGACCCCUGGCGCCCCUCUCGGUGCUCCUGUGCCGGGUGUGCCUGGAAGACAAGCCCAUCGAGCCCUUGCCCUGCUGCAAGAAGGCCGUGUGCGCCGAGUGCCUCCAAGUCUACCUGAGCGCGCAGGUACAACUUGGCCAAGUAGAAAUCCAGUGCCCUAUCACCGAGUGCUUCGAAUUUCUGGAAGAGACAACUGUAGUGUACAACCUCACACAUGAAGACACCAUCAAGUACAAGUACUUCUCGGAGCUCGGCCGCAUUGAUCCCAGCACGAAGCCGUGUCCCCAGUGCACGCACUUUACGACCUUUAAGAGGAAAGGACACAUCCCCACCCCUUCCAGAUCAGAAAGCAAAUACAAGGUGCAGUGCCCCGCCUGCCAGUUCGUCUGGUGUUUUAAGUGCCAUGCUCCUUGGCACGAAGGUGUCAACUGCAAAGAGUACAAAAAGGGAGACAAACUGCUGCGUCACUGGGCCAGCGAGAUGGAGCAUGGGCAGCGGAACGCCCAGAAGUGUCCCAAGUGCAAGAUCCACAUCCAGAAAACUGAAGGGUGUGACCACAUGACCUGCUCACAGUGUAACACUAACUUUUGUUAUCGGUGUGGGGAGAGAUACCGCCAGCUCCGGUUUUUUGGAGACCACACAUCAAACCUCAGCAUAUUUGGAUGCAAAUAUCGCUACCUCCCAGAGAGACCUCAUUUACGGAGAUUAGUGCGAGGGUCAGUCUGUGCUGGAAAAUUAUUCAUUGCACCUCUAAUCCUGGUUUUGGGAUUAGCACUAGGGGCCAUAGCAGUCGUAAUCGGUUUAUUUGUAUUUCCCAUCUAUUGCCUUUGUAAAAAACAGAGAAAGCGGUCACGGACAGGCAUGGACUAGCGGAGUGCAGAUGACCCUCCCCUCCCUGCCCAGCAGCCCAGCGGGGCAGCCACGUCUGUGAGUCACCCGGAGCCACCCCAGAGCCUUCUGUCACCGUCUCCGUGGUCCUCUGUGGCCGGCCACAGCACUCUAGCUACGGUGCACUCCCAACAUGGUAUCCUGCCCUUCCCUAAACAGAUUGCUGCUUUUUAAAAAUGGUCACUUUCAUAAACUCUACGUUACCUGUAUCAUAACUCUGACCUUCGUGGUUCUUGGAAGAAAAUAUUUUAUUUAAGAACCAGUUCUCCUCAGAAUUGUUCUGAGGGCACGCCUCCCGAGCGCUGCUGGGACUGUCUUUGAACCCUCAACCCUCCGGCCUGUCCAUGCGUGAAAUGUGGUGUGGAUAGUGACGUCCUGUCUGUCCCCCCGCAAGCGAGGCCACUUUUCAGAGCGUACAAGUUCACUGAAAGUGGCCAUCCCCGUUCUGGCCUAAGCAGUAGUGUUCCUUCAACCUUCAGAGCCUGUGAUUGCUAAAAAGCUCCAUGCCCGCAAGGGAACUAAUGAAACUAAAGUCAUGAGAAAGAUCAAGAGUCACUAAGUGUGUAUGUGUAGGGAUUGGGAUAUGUUUGUACAUAAGUGUAUAUUAAAACUGAGCUCAAUAACCUCGUGCUUAUCUCCAUGCCUUUACGCUACUUUUCCACACUUUCAUGGACCUGUUUAGAGGUGAUGGUUCCGUUGGGGCAUAAUUUGGGAAUGGAGUAAUUAAAGCUAGUGUAGAUAGAUAGCAGGCCGUUUCCAUGGAGACCCUUUCUACGGUAAACUGAAAAAAAAA